ACCACGUAAGGAGCAGUGGAGGACAGAGGGUUUUAGAGAGAGGAAGUAGAGAGAGAAAGAGAGAGAGAGAGGCAUUGCCAUGGCUACAGCUUACACAGCAGGCGCGUCUUCCAUGGUUGCAGCCAUAUCAAGGCCACGCCUCCCGUUGACGUCGUUUCAUCCCCGCUCUUCUCUGCCUUAUCUUCCACCUCGCCCCUCUUCUCUUUCUCUCAAGCUUUUCUCAGAUUCCAACAGGUUUUCUUCGCUCCAGAUCAAAGCCUCUUCAGAUGAAUCUGGUCCAGUUGAUGCAGGAGAGUUAUUCUCGGAUUUGAUGGAAAGGUGGGAUGCACUCGAAAACAAAUCCACAGUUUUUAUCUAUGGAGGUGGGGCAAUAGUUGCAGUUUGGCUGUCUUCCAUCAUUGUUAGUGCUAUCAAUUCGGUCCCUUUGCUUCCAAAAAUCAUGGAGUUGGUGGGACUUGGAUAUACUGGAUGGUUUGUCUACCGAUACCUUCUCUUUAAGUCAAGCCGAAAGGAACUGGCCACAGAUAUUGAAGCAUUGAAGAAAAAGAUUUCAGGAAGUGAAUAGCCUCACCAAUUGCAAGGCAAUAGUAUGUUUUGCAUUUUGUAUGAUCCUUGAUCCUAAAAGAUAUGGAUAUUCUAAUGUUCUUCAUAAGAGACACUUGGAUCCUGUACUAUAUUCUUGGGUAGUGGUCGAUGUAUCAACCAGAUUGUUUUUGAAAAUAUAAUUAGCAAUUCUCUUCACAAAUAGCUUCAA